AUGGGCGAUUCUUACUCAGGCAUAAUCAUCCCGAUCCUUAUUCAAGAAAUAUCUGAUGGUAAUGAAGCUGGUAGGGAGCCGCGAAUGAAUCUCAAAGGAUAUGUGAUCGGAAACUCACUGACAAAUUGCCAAGUUGAUUUGAAUGCAAGAAUUCCAUUUGCUCACCUAAAGGCGCUUAUAUCAGAUGAACUAUAUGAGGUGAAUCUCCCUUUGUGUAUUGAGGAAAUCGUUACUGGACAUAUAUUGGAGCCUACAUGUCAACUUUUAUCCCCAAAACCAAGGCCUAGAGUAUCAAAGUGGGAUCCAGAUACUUCUAUUGAUGAUUCUGCAGACCUCCUGCAAUCGAUUACUCAUCUUCCUAAACCUAGAAGAUGGUGCCGGUUCAAAAGGCUCUUCAUGUUUGGAAGUCAGGGAAGCAUCAACGAGUGGGUGAGAUGCAAUGAGAGUUUAGUCUACACAUAUGACGUCUCAAGUAGUCUGAAUUAUCACCGAAACCUUAUCAAGAAAGGCUAUGAGGUUCUCAUUUACAGGUAA